AUGGAGGGGAAAGGGAAAGAGCGGGAGGUGGGCGAUAAGUGAGGUGAUGGCGGGUGUCGCGUAUGUGGAAUAAUGCCCGCCGCUGUCCUUGGCCGCCUUCUCUGGGCGGGCCAGUUUUUUUUUCCCUGUCGGAAUGUCCUGUUCUGAAUUUGAGCGAGUGUAGUUAGGUCAGUUGUUAACCAAAAGACAGCCAGCCAGCCAGCCUGUCCCGGCGGUGGUUGUGAGAAUUGUAGGCGCGCGUAAACUUUCGUGCUUUGAGGAAGGUGUUUUGUUGUGAGUGACAAUGUGGUCGCCAUAGAAGCCUUUCAGUCCUGCCGGUCAAAGUCGUCCUCAUCACAGCAAGUUGCCGGGCGUUUUGGGGGCUUCAGACUGAACCAUUCCAAGAUCAGCAGCAUGUGUCCAGCAGACCCAAGUUCUGAGAGUCAGAUUAAAGAGCCAUAUGAAAAAUUCAUGUAUCAACACCUCCAGUACUAUGGAUACUUCAGAGGUGAGGAAAAUGCUCCCCAAAACCACACUUUACCCCUUGAGAGGAGGAAAAACUGCUCUUGCUUGAAGCCAGGUAGCAUCCAGAAGAGAACUAGAUCAGAACACAAUUUGGACAAGAACUCACCCUGUUCACUUGUAACAGAAAAACCAUUAAUUAAAAGCAAGCAGGUUACAUGCAACCAUCUGGAGGACCCUCAUGUUCUGCGCUUGCGGGAACCUCGGAAUCUUUUUUCUAUUCCUAGUACUAGAGAUUCAAUUUUGGCUCCUCUCUGGCCAGUUGAGUGUGAAGUAAUUGAAGACAGUAUUCACCACAUUGAGUGGGUUCCCCCUGAACCAGAAUCUUUUUAUCAGCCAACGGGAAAUGAAUUUGCACCAAGUGUAGUGGGAGAAGAUUGUGGAACUGUUGUCUAUUCUAUAGACCCAGCAACCAAGGGUACCUGUUUCACUGGUUCUCGAGUUGGAGGGUCAAGGGAGCCCAUCACGUCAGCUGCAGUCAGUUUAAGAGAUCCAGAAGAUACUACACUGUUGUUUGAAUCACGCUUUGAGAGUGGGAAUCUCCAGAAAGCUGUCAGGGUAGGUGAAUAUGAAUAUGAACUCACACUGAGGACAGAUCUUUACACAAGCAAGCACACGCAAUGGUACUACUUCAGAAUGCAAAACACUAGAAAGAAUGUCACCUAUCGCUUCACUAUCGUUAAUCUGAUGAAAGCCAAGAGUCUCUACAGUGCAGGGAUGAAGCCUCUCUUGUAUUCUGAGAAGGAUGCUAAAUCUCAUGGUGUUGGCUGGAGGAGAGAGGGCAGUGACAUCAAAUAUUACAAAUAUACCACAGAGGAUGGUCAGGCACUCUAUUGUCUUACCUGGACUGUGUGUUUUCCACACAGUCAUGACACAUGUUACUUUGCUCACUUCUACCCCUACACCUAUUCAGAUCUACAGCGCUACCUCUUUACAUUGGUCAACAAUCCGCACCGCUCUCAGCAUUGCAAACUUCGCCCUCUAUGCAACAGUCUGGCUGGAAACACAGUCUACCUCCUCACAAUUACCAACCCAUCAAAAAGUGCCAUUGCUGCUGCAGCAAAGAAAGCAGUUGUGCUAACUGCUAGGGUCCAUCCUGGGGAGCCCAACAGUUCAUGGGUGAUGAGAGGCUUCCUUGAUUUCAUCUUAAGUGACUCCGCAGAUGCUCAGCUUCUUCGGGAUCUUUUUAUAUUCAAAGUUGUACCCAUGCUAAACCCAGAUGGAGUAAUUGUAGGGAAUUACCGUUGCUCAUUAGCAGGAAGAGACUUGAACAGGAACUACAGGUCUGAAUUAAGGGAAUCCUUCCCUUGCAUUUGGCACACUCGGGCCAUGAUCAAGAGAGUCCUUGAGGAACGGGAAAUUCUGCUGUAUUGUGAUUUUCAUGGACACAGUCGGAAGAAUAAUAUCUUCAUGUAUGGCUGUAACAAUAAAUAUGCACGAGAACAGUUACUCCAUGAACGGAUCUUUCCUCUAAUGUUGAGCAAGAAUAUUCCUGACAAGUUUUCUUUCAACAGCUGUAAGUUUCAGGUUCAAAAGUGUAAAGAAGGAACAGGACGGGUUGUAAUGUGGAGAAUGGGUAUAUUGAAUAGUUAUACUAUGGAAUCUACAUUCAGUGGGACAACACUGGGCAAUAAGAAUAACUCUCAUUUUACCUUUGAAGAUCUCACAUCUCUGGGGUAUCAUGUUUGUGACACCUUAUUGGACUUCUGUGACCCUGAUCGUUCUAAGUUUCAGCUAUGUCUGUCUGAACUUAAAGAGUUACUGAAGCAAAAAAUCCAGAGGAGAUUUUCAGAGCUGGGCCAUGAUCAAAAUACACAGAGUACCUGGAGUGACAUCUCUCUAUCUGAUGUUGAAUCCAGCACAAGUGGAUCUGACAGCUCCCAGUCUGAUGGCCCCCCUGCACAUUUGGUCAACAUGAUAGAGAAGGAUUAUAAUGAGAAGAAGAAGAGGAGGAGGAGGAAGAAACAUCUACGAACAAGAAAGGAAAGAAAUGAUUUGCAUCAGAAACAAUCCGUGAGACAUGCAUUAAAGUACAAGAAGGAUGUUCUGUGUCUAUCUACUCCUCCGAACUCCAACUCCUCUUCUUCCCUGCCUUUUCCUCCCACUUUGUCGUCAUCAAGAAACCUUCCACUACCGACCACUACAAUUACGAGCCAAGAUCUGAAUGAAUCAUUUCCUUCAUUCUUACAAGAAGAGAACCUAAAUAGCAAUCAGAAAUACAAAGAGCCUGUGGAUAAGCAGAACAUCCCCAUGACUGAAUAUGAAAUAAGGAUAAAGGAUCCCCAGCCUCUCCUCCUAACCACUGUUUCACCAUCACUGUCACAGCGACAGAGUCUCAUAACAUCACCCAUCAAACAACAUCCACUUCCCUUUCAUGGGCAGCCCAGUAGAGACCUUCAUGGGAAGCAGAAUGCAGGCCUUAUUCUACCAUCCUCUCCUGGACUCAAACGGCACAGGUCCAUGUGGUGGAGUCCUGAAGUGCCUUCUGUGACGUUAAUGCUGCGCCGAAGUCUUACUUUGAAAUCUCAUAGCACUCUUGACAACAAACAACUAUGGCACUUAGGCCAAAGCAGGUCACAAAUUCUUCCCCCAAGAGAAUUUAAAUGGAAGCCUCUCCAAAUUGACAGCUUGCUUCUGAAGGCAGAGAGCGAACAUCAUGCAAAAGACAGGAAGACAUUUAACAAGAUUGGUAAAAAAUGUUCAGCACUAAAGAGCACAGAGGCAAGUCAAAAGAUAGAAUUUGUGUACAAGAAAUUGCUGGCCCCAUCCAGUGAAACCACAGAGAUUUGAUAUACUGAAAUAACACCUGGACAGUGAGGAAGCUGGCACUCUCCUGUUGCACAGUUUUUACAAGACUUUGACACAAAAUCUCCUGCAUUUCUUUGAUGAAAGGAAAUCCGGAGUGUUGUCAAAGAGUAUUGUAGAUUUCAUUUAUUUCUACAGAUCCAUAGCUGAGAUCUAUCAUUGAUAUGACAGGAUGGGUGGGUUGUUAGUUUUCUUUCUGUUAGUAUCUUAGGAUAGUAUUACAAAUUAUAUGGAGAACACAGGAUCCUAGCACUGUGUUUUCCCCACAAGAUCAAUAUAGAAUGGAUGAGUACUUGCAAGGUAGAAUGCCAUGUAGGUGAGCAUGCUUGACCCAGAUGCCUGUAGCUUCUGUGGUACAAUUGCCCUCUUCAGUAUUUUUAAUCAUUCCCCCUCCACUUUCAGAUGGGCUCCAAAACCAUGCCAAAGACACAGCCAGCGGGUGUAAGAUUUGGAGGAGGAGCUCAAUGAGUGUGAGUGUGGUUAUAUAACCUCCCUGUUGUUGAUUCUGUCCCAUAAAUGCCUCACAUGCAUUCAUGUUACUUCCGAAAAGGUGGGAUUGGAGACUGACAUCUGCUAUAACAUAUCUGACCUUAUUGCUAAAAGAAAUUUAAAUAUCUAAUGUAUACAAGAGAUUUUUCCUCAUGAUAAAUUGUGACUACUUGAUAA